AUGAUGCAACAUGUGUCCGCCGCACCAGCGCUGACAAUGAUGGCCACUCAGAGCGUCCCUCCUCCGUCGUACCAGGAAAGUCAACAGAUGACAGGCACAACCCAGCAGAACUCCAAGGCCCAGCAGGUCCACAUCCCAGCCUCCUCAGCAGCAGGGGCUACCCCAGUCAGCGUGACCCUUGACCCCCAGGCACAGCUAGAAUCAGACAAACGGGCUGUUUACAGACAUCCGCUGUUUCCUCUGCUGGCUCUUCUGUUUGAGAAGUGUGAGCAAGCCACACAGGGCUCAGAAUGUAUCACCUCAGCCAGUUUCGAUGUGGACAUCGAGAACUUUGUCCACCAGCAGGAGCAGGAUCACAAGCCUUUCUUCAGCGAGGACCCUGAACUCGACAACCUGAUGGUCAAGGCUAUCCAAGUACUGCGGAUCCAUCUCCUGGAACUGGAGAAGGUGAAUGAGCUGUGUAAAGAUUUCUGUAACCGCUACAUCACUUGCCUCAAGACGAAGAUGCACAGUGACAAUCUACUGAGGAAUGACCUGGGUGGCCCUUACUCUCCUUCCCACACCAGCCUUGGCCUUCAACAGGACAUGCUGCAAAGCUCCUCUCCGUCCAUGACGUCUGUCCCCACGUCAGUCAAUCCCUCAAGCAUCGUGGUGCCCCCUGGUUCACUUCAGCAGGGUAAUGUCGCCAUGACGACCAUCAACUCCCAGGUGGUGUCAGGUGGGACUUUAUAUCAGCCAGUUGCCAUGGUGACUUCACAAGGACAGGUGUUAACCCAGACUUUACCCCAGGGAACCAUCCAGAUUCAAAAUACGCAGGUGAAUUUGGACAUGUCCUCCCUCUUGGACAGUGAUGACAAGAAGUCGAAAAACAAGAGGGGUGUCCUCCCCAAACAUGCUACCAACAUCAUGCGCUCCUGGCUCUUCCAGCACCUCAUGCAUCCCUAUCCUACAGAAGAUGAGAAAAGACAGAUUGCUGCUCAGACAAACCUGACCUUAUUACAGGUCAACAACUGGUUUAUCAAUGCUCGCAGGCGGAUUCUGCAACCCAUGUUGGAUGCCAGUAACCCUGACCCUGCUCCCAAAGCUAAGAAGAUGAAGUCCCAGCACCGUCCAACGCAGCGCUUCUGGCCUGACUCCAUUGUUGCUGGUGUGCUGCAGUCACACGGACCGCAUUCUGCUAACAACUCAGACCACUCCUUGGCUAUGGACAGCCUCCAGCCUCUGUCCUCUGACUCAGCCACCCUGGCCAUGCAGCAGGCCAUGCUGGGGGGGGCCGACGACUCCAUGGAUGGCACGGAGGAAGAGGAGGAUGAGGACGAAGAAGAGGAGGGCAUGGACGAGGACGAUGAGGAAGAGGAAGACGAGGAGAGCGAGGGAGGAAGACCACUGGGCGGCACUGGGCGGAGAGACCUGGGCCUAGAUCACAGCGAGGGGCUGGACUAA